CGUUGCCGCCCGCCCAGUCCCGGGACGGUCCCUCCCUCCCCCCGUGUCCCCGCCGGGAGCGGGAAGCAGCCGCUCCGGGACGUGCGGCUCCACCGCUGCGGGAGGGCGGCCGGUCGGUCGGCUCUCGCCCCGGGACAUGGAGGCUCCGGCCCGGGAGCCGGAGUGCGCCGGGUGCCGCUCCCCGGGCUCGGCGCUGCGGGGGGAGCCCGAGUGUCCCCCCGGCUGCCAGCUGCCCCCGGCCGCGGGGGAAGGGCGAGAGGCGGGCGGGGGGAAGGGGGACGGGGCGCCGGGGCGCUGCAGCCGGCACGGGCAGCCGCUGGAGCUGUACUGCGAGGAGGACGGCGAGUGUGUGUGCCGCCCCUGCACCGCCGCCGGCAGCCACACGGCCCACACGCUGCUGAGCCUGGAGGUGGCCCAGGCUCACAUCAAGGAACAACUGAAGAAGGAAGUCGAAGACCUGCGGGUAAUCCAGCAGAAUUGUCACUUCAAGCAGCAGGACGUGGCGAUAUCAGAAUCGGAUGUAAAGACACAAAUCGAUCAGCUGAAGAGAAACCUGUCGAAGAAGUUUAUGGAGUGGAGGAAGUGUCUGGAGGAGGAUGAGGAGUGUGCACUGAAGGUCAUUGACGAGGAGGGAGAGAAGGUGUUGGCUGAGAGCAAUAGGAGUUCAGAGGAGCUAACAGAGAGAAUGAACCAGAUCAGACUGAUUGAUGAUGAGACCCGGAGCCUGGUACAGAGAGCUCCUCUGCAGUUUAUCCAGGGUUCCAGCCAGCUCCUCCUGAAAGUUGCAGAAGAACAGAAGGUACCGAUUCCUGACGUCCCGAAGCUCGCUCUGAAGCUGUACAGUGCACCAGAGGCCAUCAAGAAAAGACUGAGAAGUUCCUUCAUAUACCAGUCAGCCAUCCUCGGAACGACAAAUCAGUGGUCAUCGCUGACCUUGGAUCCAGACUCUGCUUACUGGCUCCUGAACGUUUCAGAAGACGAGAAGACGGUGAUGUUCGGCUACAUGGGAGAGAACUCAUGGCACAACCCCAAGAUGUUUGAGAACAUGCACCAGAUCCUGUGCUCGCAGAGCUUCACUGCCGGCUGCCACUCCUGGGACCUGAGGACGGGUGGUAUUGCCUGGGGCGUGGGGGUGGCUUACGGGAGCAUAGACAGGGGUGGGCUGCAGUCUUACUUCACCAACAGCGCCAAGUCGUGGUGCCUGUACUUCUACCGGGGCGCCCUGACAGCCUGCCACAAAGACCAGCAGACCUACCUGUUCGAGUUCCCCGCCAUCAGCCGCAUCCGCAUCCAACUGGACUAUGAGGCAGGGACCGUGUCCUUUUACCAGGUCACCGACUGCCAGCGACACCUGCACACCUUCCAGACCACCUUCACGGAAGCGGUGUUCCCGGCCUUUUCCUGUUCUGGCAACUCCUCCCUGAAGCUGUGCUGAAAGGAUAUGCCCCGGUAGUCGCUUGAACUGAGCUGGCAGUUCCACUCCCUCACCGAGGGAAGGGGAGGGUGGGACGUGAAGCCAGCGUACGCCUAUUGUCUAUGGCACGUUAGGUUCCAUUUAUCUCGCAAUUGUUUUCAAUUCCUGCGAAUCUCAAUGAAUUUGCAUAGCUCACACCUUACACCUGCCUAGUUUGCUGUAUUCAAAUUUAAGAUCCUAGCUUCAGAUUGAACUAAACCACUUCCAAUUUUUUUUUAAACAAAACCCCAUCAUUGUGAUCUCUCUCCUCUAAAGGCCCCUUAACUACCACAUUGUCAAUUAACCCUUUCUCAGCACUGGCUCUGACAUCUAAGAUGCUGCUCAACCUGCUGAAUCAUAGAACAGUACAGCACAAUACAGGCCCUUCAGCCCACAAUGUUGUGCCAACCCUUAAACCUCGCCAAGGACUAUCUAACCCCUUCCUCCCACAUAUCCCUCUCAAAUUCCUCCAUAUGCUUAUCUAGCACUCUUGAAUUUGACCAAUGUACCUGCCUCCAUCACCGCCCCAGGCAGCACAUUCCAUGCCCCAACCACUCUCUGGGUAAAAAACCUUCCUCUGAUAUCUUCCUUGAACUUCCCACUCAUUACCUUAAAGCCAUGCCCCCUUGUAUUGAGCAUUGGUGUCCUGGGAAAGAGGCACUGGCUGUCCACUCUAUCUAUUCCUCUUAAUAUUUUGUACACCUCUAAAUUCCCCCAGCAGAUUGUUUGUUGCUCCAGAUUCUGGCAUCUGCUGUCUCGUGUGUCUUUGGAUCUAAAAUCAUCUGUUCCCUCAGCAACACACAAGCUGGAGGAACUCAGCGGGUCAGACAGCAUCUGUGGAGGUUAAUGGACAGUCGACGUUUUGGGCCGAGACCCUUCGUCUGGAUUCCAGAUGUGUUGUGUCUCCUGUUCCCUUGUUGGGUCCCCAACAUAACGAUCUAGAACACGGCGAAUUCCUCUGCCUCACCAUCACUGGGUUUGCCCAGUCCCAAUGUGGAUUAAACUUCCCCCAUGAUUAUUACCCUUGUUACAUCCACUUACAGUUUCCUGAUUUCCACUAUGCCCUGUAUUCCCACCAUAGAGUCAUGGGGCAAGAAUACAGGCCCUUCGGCCCAACGAGUCCAUGCUGACCAGUGGCUGGAGCCAACAGGUAACUACCAAUGUUUCUUCGCUCCACCCAGCUGAUCCCACUUCUAGUUUGUUCAUCUCUGCUGCCCUCACCCCAUUUUCAAUCAGGGCCAUCUCACCAUUUCCCUACAUCUUCCAAAAGAGUCCCAGAAUAUUUCAUUCCCAACCUUCGUCACAUUGCAUCCAGGUCUCUGUUGGCACGAUGCGAUCGUACCCAUGUACUUGUGCCAUUAACGAUGCAAGCAGCAUUUGGAACACGUUCUUGAUGUUCUCUUUCCACCAUCAGCCGCUGCUGGCACUAACUGGAGGCAUUCCUUUAUGUUUGUAUACUGACGGGCUCUGGUUAUUCCACAGUUUGCUAGCCUACACUAUCGGCCUGUCUUUUCUCUUCAACUUUCUAAAUCUCCCGCUCACCAGACCACCCCCACCCCCCCCCACACGCAAAGCCCACUCCAACCGAAUGCUCCCUCUUUCCCCAGUACUGGAUGAACUGAAACCCAUCGCUCCCACACUGAUCUGAGGCGCACACAGGUUACGGCAGGGUUCUGUUCCCGUGAACUGUUUGUAGCCUGGACAGUUCGCAAGUGGGAGAGGUGGCUGUAAACAGAGUUCCCACCUGGUGGAAGAUGCCCGCAGCAGCUGGCAAUCCAUCCUGCCAGUCUCCCAAACACUCGUUCGUACUACGUGCUGUACAUAAGUCAGGCAUUCGUGACCUGUGAAGGACCCUGCACCAAUUUGGACGUGGUUGAGGUAGUAAUCAAGGCCUGGAUAGAGUGGACGCGGAGAGGAUGUUUCCAUCAGUGGGAGAGUCUGGGAUCCGAGGGCACAGCCUCAGGCUAAAGGAAUGUCCCUUUCAAACUGAGAUGAGGACAAAUUUCUUCAGCUGGAGGGCAGUGAAUCUGUAGAAUUCGUGCCACAGGAGGGCUGUGGAGGCCAGGUCAUUGGGUGUAGUUAAGGCAGAGAUUGAUAGGUUCUUGAGGGUUACAGGGAGAAGGCAGGAGAAUGGGGGGAAAAAAAUAUCAGCCAUGAUUGAAUGGUCUAAUUCUGCUUCUAUGUCUUAUGGUAACUGCAGGGUACAAGGGACACUGUCCUUUGCUGGCAGAGUAAUGAGGAAGAGGGGCAGGGCUUGCUGGGACCCACAGUCUCUCCAGUGACAAGAGGCUGAACCGAAAGCCAUUGGUGAGGAUGGUGCACCAGUUGUCCCCCAGAGUGGAGCCUUCCUCUCCCAACACUGGGCCUGUCAAGAAGUACACUGGUACACAGUCAUCAUGCCUUUGAAAAAAAAAGCGUCCUUUCAGCUCUUCAAAGCCCGACACGCAAUUCCAUAACAUAACGACCAAACUGUACCGUAACACCAUCCAACCUGCAGCCCUUAAACACCAACAAAAACCCUGUUCCAUGGGCGAGUGGACAGAAGAGAGUGGGUGUUCUCCGGAGUUCCGAACUCUGCUCAACACCGAUGGAAUAGUUUACCCCGGAGGUAUUCCCCCCACGACUGCUUUCACUUGCUGUUAAGACAGCACUUACAAGGACAGGACCAAAUUUCUGUUUGUAAAUCCCAUGCCAAUUACACACAGGGCAACAAACUCUGCAGGUUCAGGGAACACUACUCAGCUACAGGUCAACAAGGAUUGAAGAAUUCACCCUAGGUUCCUGUAGCAAGGUGAAAUGGUGGAGCUCAGGGGUUGCAACUCUUGGAGCAUCUGCCUUUUAUUUUCCUUCUUCAAUAGCUAUCCUUAUCUAAUGGAGGAAUCUUUAACACCCUCAACAGGACAAGGGACUGAUUUCAUCAAUGGCAACCACUCAGGAUUCAUGUUAAUCUGACCCUAGCGUCCUCCUUCACUGGAGACACUAGUAGUCGAGUCCACUGCAGAGUUGCUCGAUGUAUUCCAUGUAAAACAUUGUGCUGGAUACCUGUCUUGUGAUGUCAAAAUUUUCUUCACUGAAUAAAACUUGAGCAAUUAAAUGUGUUGAGAUUGAGCCCACAGCAGCUGGAGUACACAUUAGUAAAGACUCUCCGUAUCCUACACCCCGUUUCUUAAUGCAG